AUGACGUCGGGUCCGGAAGCCGCUACAGGCUCUCAUGCCUCAGCCGGAUCGCCAGACUCCACUGCUUCCACCGGCUCGUCAGGCUCUCAUGCCUCAGCCGGAUCGCCAGACUCCACUGCUUCCACCGGCUCGUCAGGCUCUCAUGCCUCAGCCGGAUUGCCAGGCUCCACUGCUUCCACCGGCUCCCGGAUCGCCAGACUCCACUGCUUCCCCCGGCUCGUCAGGCUCUCAUGCCUCAGCCGGAUCAUCAGGCUCCAUUGCUUCCCCGGCUCGUCAGGCUCUCAUGCCUCAGCCGGAUCGCCAGACUCCACUGCUUCCACUGGCUCGUCAGGCUCUCAUGCCUCAGCCGGAUUGCCAGGCACCCCUGCUUCCACCGGCUCGUCAGGCUCUCAUGCCUCAGCCGGAUCGCCAGACUCCACUGCUUCACCGGCUCGUCAGGCUCUCAUGCUUCCACCGGCUCGUUAG